AUGUCCGGCACAGGUCCUCGCGAGAACAUCUUCCCAACGCGUAUGGCGCUCACGAACACGAAGACUCGGUUGAAGGGUGCUCAGACAGGACACUCCCUCCUGGCGAAGAAGCGAGAUGCACUGACUACACGAUUCCGUGCUAUCCUCAGGAAAGUCGAUGAAGCUAAGCGCAAGAUGGGCAGGGUGAUGCAAUUGGCUUCGUUCUCAUUAGCGGAGGUCACCUACGCCACAGGCGAUAUUUCCUACCUCGUCCAAGAACAAGCAAAGUCUGCGUCCUUCAAGGUCAAAGCGAAGCAAGAGAACGUGUCUGGUGUUGUGCUACCUGCAUUUGAGGUGGAUCGUGUCGCCGGCUCUGACUUCAAUCUCACUGGUUUGGGUCGAGGAGGUCAACAAGUUCUUCGGGCAAAAGAGGUGUACGCGAAGGCUGUCGAAACGCUGGUCGAACUUGCAUCCCUGCAAACCGCAUUCACAAUCCUCGAUGAAGUCAUCAGAGCCACAAAUCGACGUGUGAACGCCAUCGAGCACGUCGUUAUCCCCAGACUGGACAACACUAUCAAGUACAUCAUGAGCGAAUUGGAUGAGAUGGAUCGUGAGGAGUUCUUCAGGUGCGCCUCUUGCCCCUGUCCACAUGCGCAUAUAUCAUUGAACUUCUCUCGGUGCUUGCAUCUCAGACUAAAGAAAGUGCAGGGGAAGAAGAAGCGAGAUGCUGAGGCGGCGGACGCGAAGAAAUUGGCGGAAUCAGCGAAUGCAGAGACUGCUGCUCUUCCGACAGCAGUGGAUAUUGACGAAACGAGUGGCGGUGGCGACUUGCUCAGUAGCAAGGAUGAGGAUGUGAUUUUUUGA